UUCCGUUUAACAAGUUCACAACUGGGCAAGUACCAUCGAGCAGCAUCUUGCACUAUAGCCAAUGGGAGUUCACAGGUAGACCCAAAUAUGGACAGUAACGCAGAGGCAGGUCCCUCCACACUGCGUCCACAUCGAUCAUCGCCGCCCUCGACACCGACACCUUUAACGCCUACGUCUGUUAGAGCGAAACGACGUUCAUGGUUCGGCUUGGCUUCUCCAGUGAUCCCACUUUCGAAAGAAAAGGCAAAAGAUAAGCGCCGUGGAAGUUCUAACGGCACUGAGGAAUUAGAGCUCGGCCCAGUAUCGAACGGGCGGGACAAUGAGACCGUGAAAGGAGGUAGACGAGAGGAUGCGCACGAGGAAGAGCUGAGAGAGAGAACAGGGCACGAAGGCGACGAUUUGCUAACGAUUGAUGGGGAUCUGGAAAAGACUGUUAAAAAGAAAAAGCGAAAGUCUGGUGGUGCCGACGAGCCCCUGGUACUGAGGAUGGAAGAUUUGGGUCAUAAAACACCUGCGAGAACGAUGUCUGAAAAGACGUUAACGGUAAACGAUGUGAUGAAAACACCACAUGCGUUAACUACAUGGACUUUCUCUCGCACGGCGAGCGACCGCGAUCCUUUCAGCACCCCUGAUCUACCGUCAAAUCCAGGACCCGACAGCUCACUUUUCAACAAACUUGAGGAGGAGCUUCUCCUCAACCCAGCACCAAGAUCCUCAUCCCUAAAUUCGGUACCAUCUCCAAUUACCUCUUCCCAUAGAGAUAAAACUCAACCCCCUUUACCUGUCGGCAUGGACAGACCGUUGCCGCCGUUGCCGCCCCCAACACCUGAUAGUAAGGGAUUGAAAGAGCCUAAAGCUCCUUCCGAAAUUUUUAUCACCCCCAGCAGUCCACAAGAACCCAAGGCUACCAGAAGAGCACAUGAAGAGCGGCGUAGCAGGUCUAUUUCGGGACGGCCCAGAAGCCAUUCACGAGGCAGAGCUUCCAGCGCAGAGCCCUCAAAACCUCUUGGUUUGGGAUUACCUUCAGUCAUCUCGGGAAGAUCUCGGUCUGUAUCGCGCUCACGGCCAUCUUCCAGAUCACCUUCUGUAUCUGUUCAAAGCCCGUCCCCUCCGCCCGUUCCCUUAAAACCGCAAUCAGUAUCGUCGCCAUUUCCAUCUCGUCCGGGGACUCCCAAUCAUAAAAUUACUUUUGCAGAGCCCGAAGUCACAAAACCACAAGGUUUGCAAAAGGAAGAUGAAUCUGACAAAAAGACAAGAAUCAAAAGAGCGAGAAGUUUAUCGGGAUUGUUUGGCAAAUCACCGCCAGUGGUAUUAUCCGCCAAAAUGGGGGAUCCCGUCCAAGAUGAUGACCAGAAGAAUGGAGAAGAGGAGACAAACGGUGAUCAAGGAGGCGGCGGAAAGCUUGGGGUGCUAGAAUGGUUAGGAAUGAAAAAGACUGUGAGGCGAAAAGCUUCAGAGACGAGGCUCAGGGAACCGGCAAGUGAGCUGGAUGACGUCCAGAACGUUGCUGGUGAUACAUCUAGAUUCCCAGAAGAUCAGGCUCCUAACAAGGGAAAUAUAGACCUAGUCAGUGAGGGUGAUCAGUACAACGGACAAACCGACCUUCCACCCCCUCCUACCACUAACGCACCACAUGGUACUCCCAAGAGAUUGAAUAGCUUAUUCGCUCGCCGAUCAUCUGCGAAAAACGAGGAAGAAGCAGAGCCGCUGUCAAUUAUGGUUGUUCCUAGGGCUAUUCAUAGCUCUGAAUGUUCGACACGCCCGCUGACGAACGCUUCCCAAUCUUCUCUGCAAGUUCCUGCCGUCGAUCCAUUCUCACCUGAUGGAAGCAACACGUGGACAUCCAGUCCAGGCAUUGAGAUUGAAGAGAUGGUCUUCAGCCCUGGUAGUAGUGCUCAUUGGGGACCUGGGAUACGCCCUUGGAUGGAAACAAGGCAACAUAACGUCACUUCGAGGUCGUCGUUAUCUUGCGCUCUGGAUACGCCAGUGCAAAAGUCCGAAUCUUCCAAAGCGCCUGCUAAAGCACAGGGAGGGCGAGUCAGGUCAUUUUCUGAUGGGCCUUUGCCACAACAACCACCCGAUCACUCUCCAGCUCCCUCUCAACCUGCCUCAGAUAGUCCUUCUCCCUCUCCCUCAACGGGCCUCAAAACACCUGUACGACCCAGAAUGGACAGCAGGACAGGCUCCAGCAACUCAGCGAUCGUAGGGAGAAUGAAAAGUGUGUUCUCCAAGUCCUCAAACCGGAGCAGGAGUAACAGUCUUUUACGCCAGGAUGCCAGCGAUGUUGACGAGUUUGGGGGAGUGGCCAGCCAACGUAUGCGACUCUCGGCGUCGGCCUCUUCUAUGAGGCCUUAUGAUACCGCGGGAGGUCACGUCAUAAUGGAGGACAGCGUCCAUCUGGAAUCACAGCAGGAAAAAAAUCACACAGUUGGAAGAGUGUCAAGUUCGUCAAUGACACCUUCUCUUUCAUCCAAUGCGUCUUCUACGAAACAUUCAGUCCUCGGAGAUCCUCUUCAUACCCACAAAAUAGCAUCACGUCGAAGCAGAGCUCGAGCGUCAACUGUAUCUCUUGCGCCAACUUCGUACCAUUUUGCGCCGCCUUCGCCAAGCACUUUUCCCAUCUCUGCAACGCCACCUCGCCGCCAAAGCACAAUACGUCGUCUUUCUAAUGGACUAUUUGGAUCAGCAUCCUCGUCGCCCCAACAUUCUGCUCUAUUUCCUCUUCCGCCUAGAUCCAACGGAUCUACUUCAUCAGUAGCUACAGGUGCGCAGAUAUCUGGUCAAGGCUGGGAGGAUGGGUCCACUGGAGUGUUAAGUCCCGGUGCUAGCCCAAGGCCCAGCUUAGGUAGUCUAGCCGUUAAGACCAAUGCUAUGAAACAAGCUGAUGUACCGGAAGGAGAAGAAUCGCCCAGGGAAUGGUUGGAGAGGGCUCUCAGUGCUGUUGGGAGGUGCGAAAUAGCCAAUGUGCUGGCGUCUAGCGGCGAUGCUCUUCACGUGGAAGCAUUACAGAUGUUCAUGUCAACGUUCAACUUCACUCAUAACGCUCUGGACGUCGCUUUGAGGAAACUGCUUAUGCAAAUCUCUCUUCCGAAAGAGACACAGCAGAUCGAUCGUGUAAUUGAAGCGUUCGCAAAACAAUAUGAAAGGUGUGAGCCCGGUCUCUUCGGCGAAAAAGACAACGCAUAUGUCCUUGCAUUCUCGAUGAUGAUGCUUCACACCGAUGCCUUCAAUAAGCAUAACAAGAAUAAGAUGUCCAAGGCAGAUUAUGUGCGCAAUUCACGCAUGGAAGGCGUGCCAUCUUUCGUGCUAGAAGCUUUCUAUGACAAUAUCACGUUUACUCCGUUUGUCUUCAUUGAGGACGACUCUGAUCUGAAGCGCACAUCUGGGCGUACAACUCCGUUGAAUUUUGGGCCGUCUACUCCGACGUUCUCUGCCUUCUUGAACGGCUCUAAUCCUCCCAGCAAGUCCUCCAACAAAAUUGACGUGUACGAUCUUAUCGUGCGAGAUAUGCUUGAUCAAUUGAGAGUUGAUGUGGAGAAGGAAAUACCGGCUGAAAAUCCAUUUUCUUGUCUUGGAACUAGACCAAUCCUUGAUUUCGAAGGGUUGAGCAAGGCUUUUGCUUCUGCGCAUAGCCUUUCAAUUCCUGUACCCCAGCAGAAGACAGCAAGGAGGAACACACUCAUAACAUCAGGAAAGAAGCAAGCGGCGAAACAAGAGAAGGAGUUGGACAUGGCUCUGCGAGUAACAAAAGUCGGGCUAAUAUCUCGAAAAGAUGAAGCUUUUAGCGAAACGGGCAAGAAAAAUCGCAAAUGGAAAUCUUGGAGCGUUAUCCUCACUCAAUCACAGCUACUUUUUUUUAAAGACCCUAUGUGGGCUUUGACACUGCUUGAGCAAGCUAGGGCGACAUCGGAAAAUGACAAGGAUGGUCAACUGCUCCUCCCACGAAUGGCUUCUUUCAAACCAGAUGAAGUAUUCCCCGUCAAGGACUGCAUUGCAGUUUUCGACAAGAGUUUCACUGCUUAUCCAAACACCUUUCGUUUCGUUAUCUCUCAGCACCAACAAUAUCUUAUGCAAGCUCGGGACGAACUUGAGAUGAAUGAGUGGAUCACCCUCAUCAAUUACGCCUCAGCUUUUAAAAGUGCCGGUAUCAAGAUGCGACGUGGAACAAUGCGCAAGGACCAAGCGGUAUUGGCGGGCGCUGCUGCUGCUGCGUCUCAUAGAAGGGACAUGCGUGAGGACCGUUAUGACUCUUCGGACGGAGCAUCUACCCCAGGACGAGUUGCUGUAUUUAGGGGCGUGGACCAAACGAGUCAAGAAAAAACACCGGCCCACCUAAAAGGUGAUGGUGUCAGAGGCGUAGAUAUUGACGGUGCCAACGACAGUUUGCAGGAAGGUGAGCAACUGGAAGAGGUAUUCGGCGUCGUCAAAGCGGAGCUGGCGGCUGGUAGAGGAGGCGCAAAGACUGUGGGCACGGCUAGGCAGCCAGAUAGGUCUUACAGCCAUGCUUCCCGUUUAGCCAUUAUCCAGAACCAUCUUCGAAUUCUUCGUGAGAAGGUGGUACCGAUUGAAUCCUCCAUUCAAUCCUCUCUCUUGCUUGCUCGCAACGUCAACAUCCUAACUCCUUUUCAAAAGUCUACUCGUGACCGUCUUGCUUCCACUAUUCCUUCAUUGGCUCGGCGCACCAGGACUGAACGCAUCUUCCUCUCAAAGGUGCAAUUUUGGAUUAAUGUCCUCGAGUAUGAAGCGGAUCGCGCUGAACGAGAGUGGAAAGAAGUGCGACACCUGGCAUUACAGGCAGCAGCAAGAAGUAUGCGUGAAGAUGGAGUUAGUGGCGUUGUUGAGGACGUCGCAAGAGAUGAGGAGGGCGGAGAUCGCGGCGUACCAGUCCUGUCUCUCCCUAACAGCGGGGAUGAAGAUGUGGAAAACGAGGCAACGCAUUUGAGCAUGAGCCCAGGAGAACUGCCAAUCAUGUUUCGAAGACCAAGCAAUGGACCCGAUAAUGCUAGGUAUCCUACUUCUCGUGAUACAAGCUCUAGUCGCGUUGCCAGCCUCCUUGAAGAAAGGGGAGGGGAUAGACGUCAAACUGUUUCAUCCGACUACUGGCUCAGUCCACAUGAGACUGAACGGCUGUCGAGUGAUGUGGAAAGUGCCCAUUCAAGAACCGGUACUCCAGACAUGGGUCUUAACGGAUAUGACGGCUCAAGGAGGGAGCGAAAAGAUAGCGAAGCAGGGCGAUCGAGUGGUCGAAACACGCCAAUGAUGUUUGUCAUGGAAAGCCCGAUGGAAAUUGGAUACGAAGAGAUAAACCAUGAAAGGUUUUUCGAGUAUACACCUGUCAACCCCCAGAAUGGAAAAGAGACUGGGAAGAAGAAUGAAUCGAGAGACAGUUGUGAGGAAGGAAAGAAAGAAGAGGCGGAGGAUUGGCAAGAUACGAAAGCUGCGAAAAAAGUGUCGCUAGUGCGGCCAGGCGAGAUGAGUGAUUGGGAGAGCAUGCGCAAAGUCAGCCCUGGAAACAAAGGUUAGGUGAACAAAUCGACAGUUUUGUAUCAUAGUCACGAAAGGAGAUGUCUUACGAUAAUCACACAUAUAUAUCUGUCUACGACGAGGUAUAUCAGGCAUAUCAUCACGCAUGGGUGCAAAAGAUCGUAGUGACAUUAUAGUUAUAGGUUGUCAUGCUUUUUUUUUCAUGAAUAUGUUGUUAGAAUGCCACGAUAUGCAGCAGGCUAUUAUUAUUCUCGG